GAAGUGCGGGUCAGUGACGUGGCCACUCCCCACCUCAGUUCCUGUGAGGAGCGGCGGCAACAGGAAUGCCUCCUGGUUCCAGUGGACUGGAGAGGAGUCUGGAGACAGCGUGGAGAGGAUGACAAGAGGAGAAGCGAUAUUCAGGGUUACUGCUGGCCAUUCUUCAGAUGCCUUACAUUGCGGAGACAGCGUCAACUUUGGACGCCCUCUACCUGCACUUCUAUAUCAUGCCAUGUUACUAUUAAAUUUGACGAUCUUGUUAAGUCUUCUCCGUACGUCGUGGUCCCGACUCAAUCGCAAACAUCACAGCAGAGACCUCCGACCAUUGAGGCGCUCUUACCACGGGUUCAGCGACUUGUUAAGCGCAGAGGAAGAACAAAUCUCCCGAGGUUACAGUGUGCCGAAAAUUGAAGAGAUGUGCCCGGGGUGCUCGCAAGAUCCUAACCUGUACCUGAGGAAGCUGAAACAUCACAAGUAUCGGGACGCUGUCUGCAACGACGGGACACAUGCUGGGUACUAUAUACGAAAAGUUCAUGAUCCAAAGACCUGGGUUAUCUAUCUUCAAGGCGGGUUUUAUUGUAACGACGAGAAGACAUGCACCGAGAGGUUUAGAAACGACAGGGACCUCAUGGGCAGUGGACAUUGGCCUCUUCAUAAACGGGGGCAGGGCAUAUUGGACUCCACAGAUAUGCUGAUGAACCCCCUGGCGUGGGGCUCCAAUCUAGUCUACAUACCUUAUUGUACCAGCGACCUUUGGCUAGGAGACUCUCUGAACGAUGAAAAUGAAGUUUGGAGAUUCCGGGGUGCAAGGGUGAUAAAGCGCGUGAUAGAAUCUUUGAUAGAGGACGGUAUGCGGGAAGCUACAAGGGUUUUAGUUACCGGUACCAGUGCUGGCGGAGUCGGAGUGAUGUUUCACAUUGACAAUAUUGCAAAUCAACUCCGGAAAGUAAACAGCACAGCCGAGGUGCGGGGGAUUGCUGAUAGCGGCUGGUUCAUAGAAACCGGAAACGUACCUGCGGAGCAGGGGAACUUCCGUAAUUGGCAGGUUAACAAAACAGUUGGAAAUAAAUGCCUUGAGCUGAACAAAGGCAAUCAAUGGAAAUGCUUGUAUGGGAGCAACAUUUACCCCAAAAUUAAAGCACCGAUCAUGAUCGUUCAAUUUUAUUAUGAUCCUAUCCAGAUUCAGAUGCAUGGAUACGAAAUUAAUGAUAUCUUCUUUUCAAAUUGGUACGGGGAAAUGUCAAACAAUCAAGUCCUACGAAAAAUUAUAGAGCAAGUAAAAUCUUCCCUCCGGAAACUCGACACUGUGUUCGGCGUUUCCUGCUUUGGACAUGGAAUUCUCAGCAAUACAAAGUUGUUCUCGGAAGUUAAAGUGCGGGGUGUAACCCUAUUGAAAGCUAUAGAAUGUUGGUACAUGGGAGUUUGUCCUAAACGAAAUAUGGACAUCUGUGAGGACAAUGCGCUCUGUAACGAGAGCUGCAUGAGACGAGAUCUGUUCUGGAUGAUGAGCAUACUCCAGCCGCAGCAAGAUCGAGUUGGGCUUGGAGACGGCAACCCGUCACGUACGCCAGCAAAUAUUAUACCACUCCAAACUUCAGGGGGCACCCGGAUUAUCAAUACUAUACUGUUGACGUCCCUAAUACCUGAUUAUUAUGAGUGGAAAUCAACUUUUAAAUUACCGUUGGCUCGCGUUUCUCCCUUUAGGGAGAAGAUUAAAUGACUGAAACCUAACUUAUACCUAACUGACAAGACCGAUAUUGUCAGAGUGACACUAGGACUAGAGUAUUUGAGUUUUUCACCUAUAUGUUAUAACAAUAAUAAUAUCAUCGACUGAGCUUACCGGAAAUGAACUAUUUUCAAGUGAAGCUACAUAUUAAACAUACCUUCCCUUUAUUUCAUUGGAUAACCUUUUUAGGUUUCUUACUUUUGGGCUACUUUUUAAGUUGCUCAUCAGGGAGAAAAACCUAAAUUUUUGGUUGAUCAAACGAAACACUCAGAUAAAAAUAAAAUCAUCAGCUUUAGGAAAUAGUUUCGUUCCUAGUAAUCGUUGAGGACAUCGGAAAUUGGUCACUUUAGAAUAUUAAUUACAUUCUGAACUAUCAUACCUGCACUUAGAUGAAGUUACACUUGGUGCCUUUUGGAUGUCUAAAACUUCAAUAAUUUAAUGUUUAGACGAAAUUACGUCUCAUCGUAUUAAUCUUAUGAUUAAUCUUCUGGAUUUAAGGAUGUCCGAAUACUUUCUGAUGUCCUCAUAAGCUUGAGUUGUUCAGCUUAAACCUAAUAAUUGCAAAUGCAAUCCAUUGUGCAUGGAGUAAACUAUUAAUUUAUUUUCUAGAUUUGUUAGUUAGAUUGAUUUCGUUUUUAUUAUGCAACACAUUUAUGAACACUAAAACAAACUCCGUAAUCUGUAGGAAGGUGACGUUACGUGAGCUAGUUAUACUUAUUCACAUGUAUUUUGUGUAUUUUCGUUUAAAGGUCUAGAAGAGACCAGUUUGUAAAAUUUGUACAUCGAGAGUAAGAUGAAGAUGAAGGUGCUAUAUUAUGCUAUUAGCGUACGCAAAAUCUUGACAUCCAUCUGUAUGGGUCGCGGAUUUGAAAGAUUCUCGAUGUUAUACUGUUUUUGAGUGUUCGCCUGCCAAGAUUUUGUAGUUUCGAAUGAUACAAAAUAAAGGUCUAUCCAGUGGAGCCCGAAUUAAAUGCCCGAUUUCUAUUUUUAUCAUCACAACAUUAAAAUUCUGCACUAAAAGAAUUACUUGCUCUUUGAUUAGUGGCACGAUUCGGGCUGUACUGCAAAAAAAAAUCGGACAAGAUGGCACAGUUUCGACAAGUUUUGGAAGACAUGCGUCUGUUGGAUUAUAGAUAAUUCCGACUACCAAAAUCUAGAAUUUGUGCUUCUUUUUUAUUACAAUGAUGAAUAACAUUAAUACUUAUUACUAUCGCUGUCUUGUAAAGACGUUAAGGAAACAACGAAACUGUGCCAUCUUGCCAAAAUAAAUUGAUCAGGUGAUGCGGAUUAUUAUGUUUGUCACAAUUACGUUUGUGAAUGAGAGGAUUUUUAUCGAUAACAUCUGCGAUUUUUAUCAUUUUCCCCGCUUUCUUAAUCUCAUCUCGAGUUUGAUAUAUCUUUCAUUACAAUAAUAUUUUAUGAUAUUUAGAGUUUAGCUCCUAAUGAAUUUCACAAAAGCCGUUCAAAACUAUACUAAGCUUUAUUAUUAUUUUUCACGUCUGUUUUUAGUAAUAUCAUUUUCAAUGUCUAUGAAAAUCAGUAUUUACAAUAAAAUGAAAUUCUAAUAUUUACAGCUUCGAUCAAAAUAUGAUAGCUACCAUUUUGUUUAAUGUAUUUGAAUUAAGUUGUAGUUCAGAUAUUCCUCAUCUUUUCCAUCAAAAUAUAUAUC